AUGGAGUUCACACCAUUUGUGUCUGUUGUUAUUGAAUUUGCCUCUACGACCUCGUAUGUUGCUUCUACGACCUCGUAUGCUGUCUCUACGACCUCGUAUGCUGUCUCUACGACCUCGUAUGCUGUCUCUACGACCUCGUAUGCUGCCUCUACGACCUCGUAUGCUGCCUCUACGACCUCAUAUGCUGCUUCUACGACCUCGUAUGCUGCUUCUACGACCUCGUAUGCUGCUUCUACGACCUCGUAUGCUGCCUAUACGACCUCGUAUGCUGCUUCUACGACCUCGUAUGCUGCUUCUACGACCUCGUAUGCUGCCUAUACGACCUCGUAUGCUGCUUCUACGACCUCGUAUGCUGCCUAUACGACCUCGUAUGCUGCUUCUACGACCUCGUAUGCUGCCUCUACGACCUCAUAUGCUGUCUCUAUGACCUCGUAUGCUGUCUCUACGAUCUCGUAUGCUGCUUCUACGACCUCGUAUGCUGCCUAUACGACCUCGUAUGCUGCUUCUACGACCUCGUAUGCUGCCUAUACGACCUCGUAUGCUGCUUCUACGACCUCGUAUGCUGCCUCUACGACCUCAUAUGCUGUCUCUAUGACCUCGUAUGCUGUCUCUACGAUCUCGUAUGCUGCUUCUACGACCUCGUAUGCUGCCUAUACGACCUCGUAUGCUGCUUCUACGACCUCGUAUGCUGCCUAUACGACCUCGUAUGCUACUUCUACGACCUCGUAUGCUGCCUCUACGACCUCAUAUGCUGUCUCUAUGACCUCGUAUGCUGUCUCUACGAUCUCGAGCGCUGAGGAGCUCUCAGAAGCCCUCCGGAGCGCUGAGGAGCUCUCAGAAGCCCUCCAGAGCGCUGAGGAGCUCUCAGAAGCCCUCCGGAGCGCUGAGGAGCUCUCAGAAGCCCUCCGGAGCGCUGAGGAGCUCUCAGAAGCCCUCCGGAGCGCUGAGGAGCUCUCAGAAGCCCUCCGGAGCGCUGAGGAGCUCUCAGAAGCCCUCCGGAGCGCUGAGGAGCUCUCAGAAGCCCUCCGGAGCGCUGAGGAGCUCUCAGAAGCCCUCCGGAGCGCUGAGGAGCUCUCAGAAGCCCUCCGGAGCGCUGAGGAGCUCUCAGAAGCCCUCAGAAGCGCUGAGGAGCUCUCAGAAGCGCUGAGGAGUGCUCAAGAGCUCUCAAGAGCACUCGAGUACACACCUCGAAAAAAAAGCCAAGUUAAAAUAAUAACUGAUAUGGUAUGA